UGGUCCUGGUGCGCAGGCGCGCUGGGUGGCUCCGGAGUGAAUUCUGCGCCGCGAAGCGUGAGAGGCCGGUAGCUGCUGCGCUGGGCUGGCGGCGGCAAUUCCGCGUGCUCCCUGCGGCCGGUUGAAACCGUUGGCGGGCGCUGGCUGAGAGGACAAGACCUAAAACCUGUCUUGGAUAGCGAAUAUUUAGCCAUUUACCUAAAAUGGUAUUUUUUACAUGCAAUGCAUGUGGUGAAUCAGUGAAGAAAAUCCAAGUGGAAAAGCAUGUGUCUGUUUGCAGAAACUGUGAAUGCCUUUCUUGCAUUGACUGUGGUAAAGAUUUCUGGGGCGAUGACUAUAAAAACCACGUGAAAUGCAUAAGUGAAGAUCAGAAGUAUGGUGGCAAAGGCUAUGAAGGUAAAACCCACAAAGGCGACAUUAAACAGCAGGCGUGGAUUCAGAAAAUUAAUGAAUUAAUAAAGAGACCUAAUGUCAGCCCCAAAGUGCGAGAACUUUUAGAGCAAAUCAGUGCUUUUGACAACGUUCCCAGGAAAAAGGCAAAAUUUCAGAACUGGAUGAAGAACAGUUUAAAAGUUCAUAAUGAAUCCAUUCUGGAGCAGGUGUGGAAUAUCUUUUCUGAGGCUUCCAGCAGUGAACCAGUCAGUAAGGAACAGGAUCAACAGCCACUCAACCCGCUGGCAAAUCCACGUGCAGAAAUCUCCGUCAAGGUUCCGCCCUCCAAAGGGAAUGAUGCCAUGAAACAGCAAGGGGAGGUGAAGAAGAAUAAAAGAGAAAGAAAGGAAGAACGGCAGAAGAAUAGGAAAAAAGAAAAGAAGGAACUAAAAUUAGAAAAUCACCAGGAAAACUCAAGGAAUCAGAAGCCUAAGAAGCGUAAAAAGGGACGGGAGGCCGACCUUGAGGAAGUCCCCGAAGCCAACGGCUCUGCAGGGAAGAGGAGCAAGAAACGGCAGCGCGAGGGCGGGCCCGCGGCCACGGAGCAUGAGGACGGCCCCGGCAACGAACAGGCAAACGUGGGUGCGCGGAAGAGGAGGCGGAGGCAUUCGGAAGCUGAAACAGACUCUAAGAAGAAAAAGAUGAAGCUCCCAGAGCAUCCUGAGGGUGGAGAACCAGAAGACCAUGAGGCUCCUGCAAAAGGUAAAUUCAACUGGAAGGGAACAAUUAAAGCAAUUUUGAAACAGGCCCCAGACAAUGAAAUAGCAGUCAAAAAGUUAAGGAAAAAGGUUUUAGCUCAGUACUACACAGUGACCAACGAGCAUCACAGAUCGGAAGAGGAGCUCCUGGUCAUCUUUAACAAGAAAGUCAGCAAGAACCCCACCUUUAAGUUAUUAAAAGACAAAGUCAAGCUUUUGAAAUGAGCAUUUCUGUAUUUAAAAAUGGAUUCCAUUCUACUAACUUCUUCCUUUCACUGCUGUUUAUAAAAUGUGUAAUGAAUUCCAACAACUCAAAUUUUGCUUUCUGAAGCUGUAUUUUUAAGUUAAGAAAAAAUAUAUUUUUGGUAUAACUUUUAUGAAAAAAAUAAAAUAUAUUCUUGUCCAAACUU